AAACAUUUGUUGUUUGUUUUAUUGCGUGUUAAGGUUUUUCUUCUAAAACAUAUUCAAAAGAAAUUAAAUGAUAAACCAAAAUGUCUUGGUUUAACGUAUGGGACGGAUUAAAAAAUAAAAUAUGUAGGUACUUGCUCCAACGAUACUUAGGGAAGUUUUUGGAGGAACAAUUAAAUUUAGAACAACUUAAAGUUGAACUUUUUAAUGGCAGAGCAACUAUAAAAAAUGUUUCUUUAAAAGUAGAGGCUAUAAAUGAACUAUUUGAGGACCAAGGCUGGCCUUUCGAAGUUUCUAGUGGUCACAUUGGAGAGUUAACCGUAGUUGUUCCGUGGAAUGCGUUAAUGACAAGUGACAGUUCUAUAGAAGUAAACGACCUAAAUAUAACAUUUCGGCCUAUCAAAAGGUACUAUGACGGCACAUCUAUGGUGGAAUCUAUGUGGUCAUCUGCCAGUAGUUCAAUGCAAUUAGCUGAAGAAUGUAUGAAACAAACCGAAGGUGAUAAUGACAUUGAAUCUCAUACAAAUGUUAUUGCUGGAUUAGAAAAGUUUGCAGAAACAAUAGAUAAUGUUUUAAAUCGAAUUACGGCUAAAUUUACAAAUACAUUGUUAAGACUUGAAUACUCCAGGUCAGAUGAAACUAGUGGUCUUGGUAUAAAUUUAAACAUUUUAAGCAUAUAUUAUAAAAAUGAAACAGGAAGUGCCAAAAACCUACAUUUGGAAAAUUUAUCUAAUACCACACAACAAAAUAUUGAAAAUGAGUUUGCAUCUGAACAUAUACAGCUUUUACCUAUGUUUGCGAAACAUAAUAUUACAAUUCUCGGUGUUAAAAUUUCCACGGAGGAAUUUAUUAUUCCAAAAAGGAAAUCAUCAAUGUCAAUGUUUACUAAUAGCACUUCAGAAAGUAAAUUUAGCAUAAACACCAUAAUUGAGCUAAGGAAUGAACAAAAAAUUCAAAUGAAAAUAAAACAAACGGAAGAUGUAAGGGGUCCUAAAAUGAUGUUAGAUGUAGAACUCGGUUCAAUAUUUACUUUUAUAACUCCUCGACAAAUACAUGUAAUUUUAAAACUAUUAACUGCUUUCAAUGACGAUAAAAGUGGAGACCCUAAAAAAACUAAAGAUUUUAACUGCCAAAAAAAUUGUACAAGUAAAGCACAUCACUGCAUUUAUAAAUAUCCAAUGUCAGGAAAUCUAAAUCACCAGGGAAAUUGGGUUGAUGAUUUUAAAGAGCAGUUUUCUAAAUGUGAUAAUGUGUACUCACUUAAGGGUACUAACAUUGCAAAUACGAACUUGUAUAAUGAUUCUUUAAGCACAUCAAUAAGUUCUGUAAGCACUGCUUCAAGUUCUAGAGUUCAACGUAAAACUACAAGUAUGGAUUCAUGCAGUGAAAUUUUAAAUUUUAAUAUAAGAAUCGCAUCAAUUGUUGGAGUAAUUCUUCAAGAAGAUAUACUUAUCACCAGCAAUAUGAAUGAGGAUUACGAUCUAUUUAAUGAGAAAAGUCAAGCGGAUAUGCACUUAGCCGCAGAUAAUUUCUUCUCAAAUAUAAAUGAUAAUAUUAUUGAGGGAUAUUUAGAACAAUGUUUGUGUAAAAAAAAUCACAUUUUUUUUCAACUAUUACCUAUUUUUGCAGAGGGCAUCCAGCAACGAAAUAAAAUAACUCUGCUUGAAAAUUUAAAGAUAUCUAUAGCAAAAUUUAAUCUGUAUGAAGUGUUGGAGUCAAAAGCUACACCAUUAAUUUUAUUUGAGAAAACUAAGAAUUUUUCAGAACUUUAUCACACCAAUCCUGACAUAGAAAUAGAUCUUAGUUCAAGUCUAUCGUAUAAUAUGAAACAAACUGUAACUACAUUCAUUAAUCUUAAACUUAAAAACUGUACUAUGGAAGUUGAUAUAUCUAUAUAUGACCGAUUAAGCUACGUAUUCGGCUCAUCAAAUUUUACGAACACUGCUGCUUUCAAUAAAUUAGAUGAACCUAAAAUAAACAAAAACAAUGCUAUAGAUUCUAAUUUCGAAGUUAAUAUUGUUUCUUCUUCAAUUAAUUUAAAGUUAAGAUUUCCAAUAUCGGAUGCUAGACCGAUUGAUGAUCCUGAGAGAGUACCAUGGUGGAAACAAAAUAUUCGCACUGAUUUUUUAUUAUUGACUUUAUCUCAAAUGAGACUUAAAUUUAGAGAAAAUUUGAUUAAUAUUACUGCAAAUGAAUUAAAUGUGUACUACUGUGAAAAAGACAUAGAAUCUAAAAUUCAUCUAUUGCAGUCGACAUUAAUUAAAUCCAGUCACCAAAUGGAUACUGAAUCUUUGACUUGUCCAAACAUUAUUAUAAAUAUGGUUCCUACUGAAAAUAUUACUGCUAUGAGAAGUGAUAGUGGAUUAGAAAAACACAAAAAAAGUUUGCAUACGGAAGGAUAUGUACAUAAUGCGCCCUUCAGUUCAAAACGUAGUUGCAGGCAAAGUGACACAAGGCAUUCUAAACGUGAUAAAACAGCAGAAACCGAAACAAUUUUACUGCCAGGCGAUCCUCAAGAAAUCAAUAACUUUCGUGUUAGUGCCAUGAAAACUUCUAAAUUACAAAUAAAAAUAAAUCUUCCGAUUGUUCAUGUAUUAUUUAAGUCAAAGGAAUUGUAUGAACUUAUAUAUAAUCGCUUAAAUACUGAUCUAUUAAUGUGGGAACCAAGCUCAUCUGUUAAUUCAAGCGAAUUAAAUGAAAAUAAAAUGGAUUCUUUAAAUAUACCUAUGUCCAAAGUUCAAUAUGAAAGUAUAACAAAUUAUGAUGAAGACAUAUCUUCUGAGAGUGAAAACAGUGAUAAAUAUAAUCCAUUUGAAAGUAUAUAUUUUUCCUUUAAUGAAAAUGCGAAAACAUCACAUAUUCAGGAGAAAAAAAUAGAAUCAAGUAAAUGCGCAAUUGAUAUAUUGGUGAAAGAAGGAACAUUAGUUUUUCUACUCCCCGUAAGGGACAGUAAUAAAUGCGUCCUGUCUGAACAGAAUGGAAAAAUGGAGAUAAAAAUUGAAAAUUUACAAAUAUUUUCAGUAAAUGGGUAUAACAAUAAUAGUCAAUUAACACACUUAUGCAUCCAGUUAAAAAAUUUUUAUAUAUUUCACUGUGGUACCAUACCCGAUGAUUCACUUAUUAAUAUUCUAAAUUCUGAAGAGACCAGAAAAUACAUGAAAUCAACCUUUUAUAAAAUACCAAAAGGUUUAACGAAAAUUUUGACAUUAAACUCUGAUGAAACGGAUAUGCUAUCAUUUGUUAUUGAAAUUAAAAGAUUACAAAAAGAAAGAGUUAAGCGACUAAAAAUCACAGCUGGAAUACAAAAAACAGUGCUACGUUUUCAUCCAUCAAUUGUAUCUAAUAUAUGGCUUAAUCAACUAAUGGAUUUUUUGGAUGUUGUAGAUUAUCCAGUUGCUGGGUAUCAACCAUUUGGAAUUAUAACUGAAAUACAGCUUCAUUUAUGGAAUUGCGUUAUCGAUUAUAGACCAAAAUACAUGCCUUAUCGUGCAACAUUUGAAAUAGGCACAUUUAUGAUUAGUAGCAACAUUAUAUCAUCUAUAAGUGGUUGUAAUUUGCGAUUCAUAUUUGAAGAAUGUGCUCUUUGUUUAGCACCUUAUGAAUUAACAAAUCCUUUCCCAGAUUAUGAAAUAACUUUUAUUUCAUCAAAAAAUUUAGUGCCAGUUCUCGAUAUUGGGGUUCUUGAUAUAUCGCUACGCAUUGACGAAAAUCCGAUUGACAAAUGCUCCAUAUUUGAUAUGAGAUGUUCUAUUCAUGAAGUCCACUUGCGUACGUGUUCUGAUUCUGGAAUCGCUUUAGCUCAGUUGAUUGCAUAUUUAGCAAAUGAUGGCGAUUUUGAUAACAACAAUGAAAACAAAAUUAAUGCAUUCCCACAAUUAUCUGAAUCCGAAACAAAUUUAUCUUCUACUAACGAUUCGCAUGUUCAAAAUAUUACUCCAGAGCAGCAAGCACGUGUAAAUCUAAUGAUGGCAGAAGCAAUAAAAGAAAGCUCUAUAAUUCCUUCCAGGAAACAAUAUAAAGAUAUUCCAAUGGAAAAACCUGAUGAAAUUUACUUUUUUCCGGAUGAAAGCGAUAAAGGUUUAAAUAAAUCAAUUUCAGAUUGCAACUAUGAACAUAAAGCAGAGCUUUUUGAAAUUCUUAAUUUCGAAUCUAAAGUGAUGUCAAAUUCAUAUUACCAUGAAACUUGUCCACAAAAUAAAACAGAGCUCAAUGAUAUUGAUAGAAAUUAUAAAAUAAUAGAUUUUCAAAAUAAAAACUCAGAAGAUGAUUUUUGUAUAAUAUCAGAUGAUGGUACCCAAAUUUCCCAACAAUAUGGAAUUAAAAAUAUUAAAACAAGUGAAGAGCCGAUAAUAAUUGUGGAUAAUCACUUUUGCCUUCCUGUUGAGAAAACUGAUUUAUUAAAAACACCUGAAAAUUUUCCAACAGCCGUUGUACGUUACACGCUAUGUGAAAUGACUUUGACCUGGCAUUUAUAUGGUGGCAGCGAUUUUCAAAAAAAUACUACAGUGGAUGAGCAACAAUCAAAAAAUGAGAAAUCCAAUAUGUCAGAAGUAUAUCAAAAAGGUGUUUCAUAUUCCAAAUCAACAAGAGAUGUGAUUAUUGGUAAAAAAGUAAAAGAAAAACCUAAUUUGAAAACUAAAGGCGGUAUAUUUCGUAAUCAUGAAGUAUUAGUUGAAAUGCAAUUCUCCAAAGUAAGAUUUUCUCAUGAAGAAUAUCCGAUGCAUAAAUUGCAAGCAUCGCGGCAAGUUUUACUCAUAAGUGAUAUUGAAAUUCGUGAUCGUUUACAAUCUUCUGAUAUAAAUAAGUUAUUAUAUCAUGCAAAUAAAUCAAAUAUUUCAAAUAGAAGUGCACAAUAUAUGGUUAUAGUGAAAGCAUUACAUGUUCGCCCUAAUCCGCAGUUAAGCUCUUCUAAGGAAUGCUCUUUGCGAGUAUCAGUUUUACCUUUACGUCUUCAUAUUGAUCAGGAAACACUUGUGUUUUUAUUGAACUUUUUUUCUAAAUUUGGAGAUAACACAAUAUCCAAUGAAAAUGAAAUAAACAGUCAAAAGAACAAUACUGUUCAACAGAUGCAACCACCUGUUAUGGCAGUCGACCACUUACCAGAAGUUGAUGAAAUUAACGAAAUGAAGACAGAAGUUACUGCAAAUUUAAAUGAUCCGAUACAACAAGAAGUUGUAUCAGAUAAUAAUAUUUCAAUUCAAAAUGAAAAUGUUUCUACAACGGAAAAAUCAACACCAAUAUAUUUUAGAGAAAUAAUAUUCAGUCCUGAUGUCAAAAUUUGUUUAGAUUAUCAUGGUCGACAUGUAGAACUUUCUCGAGGUCCCUUUGCUGGUGUAUUGAUGGGAUUGGCACAAUUACAAUCAUCUGAAUUAUGUUUACGUAAAAUAGUUUAUCGUCGUGGAAUUCUAGGAUUUGAUAAACUAGUUUCUUUUAUGUGUAAAGAAUGGUUAAAAGAUAUUAAAAGAAAUCAGCUUCCAAAAAUUUUGAGUGGAGUAGGGCCAACAUAUGCUUUAGUCCAAUUAUUUCAAGGUAUAUAUGACUUAUUUUGGAUACCUAUUGAGCAAUAUCAAAAAGAUAGACGAUUAAUGAAAGGUUUUCAACUUGGUGCUCAAAGUUUUACUGCGAGAACAGCACUUGCUGCAUUGGAAAUUACUUCUCGUAUAAUACAGUUGUUACAAUUUACAGCUGAAACUGCAUUUGAUAUGGUGUCACCCGGACCAUCUGUUAAAAGAUGCAGAAAAAAGAAAGAAAAAAAGAAGCGACAUCAGCGACCUAAAGAUAUUAGAGAAGGCGUAACAAAUGCGUAUCUUAUUGUGAAAGAAGGAAUUAAUGAUUCUGCAACGAUUUUAAUAGAAACAGCUGUCGCAGAACACGAUCAAAAGGGUUAUACUGGUGCUGUUGGUGCUGUUAUGAGGCAAAUACCACAACUUGUAGUAUGUCCUGCUGUGCUAGCUACUCAAGCUACUACAAAUAUUUUAGGUGGUGUAAAAAGUUCACUUGUACCUGAAGCCAAAUUAGAAGCGCGUGAGAAAUGGAAAAAUGACGCAGAUUAGCACAAUAUUUGUAGUAAAAUUUUAAUUAAUUUUGUAAUUUUUAUAUGCGUUUUUUUUAAUAUUACUAAUACGAGUAAUAAAUAGGCAUAAUUAGGUUUUUUAAAGUA